AUGGCGUCGUAUCAGGAGGCUACUCAUUCAGAGUCCGCAAAAAUGGAACAGAUAAUUACUGAAUUGUUCGCAAAAAGCCUUCACAUAAUACUUGAAUCGCGGUGUCCUUAUGUUUCUUCCCGUAAUUAUAGCUGUGAACAGGUUUUAUCGUCCCCAUCCCCCUCCUCGUCCUCGUCUUCAUCCUCAAGUUUUUGGCCAAGGGAUAAGUGGUUUAAUCUCUCUCUCAGGGAUUGCCCUGCUGCGUUAGAAAACAUUGACUUUUGGCGGCAGAGCAAUCUAGAACCGAUGAUAAUUGAUGUGAUUUUGGUUCAGAGGCCAGUCAACAAUGACCCGAUAAACUUUUCCCCAAAAAGUGGACACGUGAGGAAUUUCUCUGGGAAAGAGAGGGUCUAUUAUAGUUCAAACAAUGAGGAAUUUGGCAGUGACACAAAGAGCGAAAAGGUUAUCGAGAGGUGGGUUUUACAGUAUGAGAGUAAGAGAAGUGGUGGUGCUUCGUCAGGUAGUAAAAGGUCGACUUGUUCUAGUUCUCAUGCAUUGUAUAAGAAAUUGAUAUUGUUAUUGAGGUCCUUGUAUGCGACAGUUAGGCUUUUGCCUGCUUAUAAGUUGUUUCGUGAUCUUAUUUCAUCGGCUCAAAUUCGAAGGUAUAAUCUUGGUCACCGAGUUUCUUCUUUUGUUGAGCCAUUUACUCGUAUCGAAGAGGCAGAUAUACAGCAGUUUGUGUUUACUCCGGUUGACACUUCUUGCGGUAGGCUUUGCCUCUCUGUCCUGUAUCAUUCAUCAGUGUUGGAUGUGAGUUCUGAGCCAUCAAUCCCAACAUCCCCACAAUUUAUACCAGAAUAUGUUGGGAGUCCAUUGGCAGAGCCACUCAGAAGGUUCUCAUCCCGUCCCAUGUCUCAAACUUCCCCGACUUCAUUUCCAUUUGGGAGGCGCCAUAGCUGGGGCUAUGAUUUGUAUAGAGCAUCAUCACCUUCACUAAACCCAUCACCCUCACCCACUUAUUCUGAAUCUUAUGCUUCAGUAUCAAAACAGCGUUCCCAUCGUCUUCCUCCGGCAAGUUUACCUCGUCAAUUAUCUGAGAAUACACCUGCAAUUCAUGUGAAAAAUCCAAGUUUUGAUGAGUAUUGGCCUUCACCUACAUUUACGCCAUCUCCGUCUGCAUCACCACCCAUCUACAUUCCUGGCAGUCACGUCUCGAAAGCUCUUUUACGGUCUGAAAGUGCCCCUGUUAGUAUACCUACAUCUAGUCGGUCCAUUAUCUCUUCAUUACCCAACAAUCAAAUGUUGCCUCCCUCACCUCCCAUGAAAGCCUCACGACCCAGUGUUGUUAAGACAGAUGUACGUUCUGGCCUGUACAAGACCAGCUCAACAGCUGACAAGUUGUUCGAGAAAGAUGAGGCUGGAAGAAUGUCCAGGGUGGAAUCUUCAUCAAAUAUCUCUCCACCUAAAUCAUUCUCUAGAAGCUCCAGUAGGUUCUCUUAUCAGGAUGAUUAUGAUGAUUAUGACUUUUCUGGACCGUUUGUUGUGGAUGAUGAUGACAUGACAGAUCUAGGUACCAGACCUGGUUCAUUUGAUCAGCCGGGGCACCCAUCUGGACCCCGUGAGAGAGGCAGCCUUUUUCCAGUUAAAAAAUCCCAACAUGUAGCAGUUGGUGCUCUAGUUCAAAUGUUGAAGAAGGCACCAUCUCUUCACCAAGACAUCUCUGUUACAGAGACUUUGUUGCAAGACUCCAAACUUGAGAUGCCGGAAAACAGCAAUCAGGAUUCUGGUGAAAUUUCUUCGACACCACAGGAGCGGCAGUCUACUUCUGUGAAUUUUGCUUCUUCUGGACUGAUUUCAUCCAAGACUACUGCUGAUGCACUAGAGGAACUUCUUGAAUAUAGAGAGAUGAAAAACUCGCUGCUAAAGCAAGGGGUCAGAAGUUCCAUUCCAUAUUGCUCGAGAAACAGUUUGUGUGAACCAAUUUCUUUCUGUACAUACUUUUGA